AGUCAUCAAACACCUCCAUCCCAAGAAAAAGAAGAAAAAAAAAGACAAGUGUGGGAGUACUGAAGAAUUAAUGGCGAAGAGGAUGUCAUCAGCAGCAGUAACGGUUACUACUACCGUUCUGCUAGCAAUAAUUUGCACCAUGUUUUGUUCCCUGCCGGCGGUGAGCUGCUUCAAUGCUGAGCCAUGCGAUGGAGGUGACAGCACAGGGAGGUGCAGCCUGGAUCCGCUCCCUGCGCCGUCAGCUUACCGUCAACGUUUCAUAUUCGACGGCUUUUCGGCAGUUGUAUUUCAUGCCGGCAACUUCACGGGUUGCUACAAGAGGGGUUUUGUGUCCGCAGAUGGCAGUCAGGUCGCAGCGGUAGCCUAUUUUAAUUGCGACGGCGCGCCUAGCGACGACUGCCGUGACUGUUUCCGACGAGGGUUCGCCCGCCUGGAACAAGGGUGUCAAGGCCGAGCUGGAGGAACCGUCUUGUUAGAGAAAUGCUGUGUGAGGUAUGAGACAGCUUAUUACGACUUCUGCGCACUGGGUGUUGAAGAUGGUGUCUGAUGAAGUUCCAGAUCAGGGGAGGCUGCUGAUGAAGACUGCUGAAGUUCUGCUGAAUCCGAAUCCUUUCCGGAGAAGGAAAAGCAGUACUGCGUCGUUUUAAAUAAGUUAGGCUUUCGUUA